AUGUCAUUCGAGCAGGGGCAUUUCAUUUCCCGAUUGUUUUCUCUCUCUCUCUCUCUCAGUUUAACCGUGAGGACAUUUGUGUGUCCAUACUGCCGGGAUAAUGGACUGGAUGAACUCGAUCUACGCGAUCACUGCAAUGACCGUCAUGCCAAUGACAGCAGACGUGUGGUGUGUCCAGUGUGUGUGGCGACACCUCACGGUGAUCCGCAGUACUACAGCCGCGACUUCGUAGCCCACCUCAACCUGCGCCACUGCUACUACAUGGACGAUAUAACUAACCUGCACCAGACCGAUGAGAUGAACCUUCAGUGUGCAAUUCUGGCAUCAUAUAUGAAAAACGUUUAGAG